AUGGCGAAAUACGGCGAGGGAGAUAAACGGUGGAUCGUGGAGGAAAGACCCGACGGCACUAACGUCCACAACUGGCACUGGUCCGAAACCAACUGUCUAGAAUGGUCCAGAACCUUCUUCACCAACCUCCUUUCAAAUCUUGUUAUCCUCAACGGCGAAGGUAACCUCUUCAUCAAAACCACCGCGCUCCGCAACCUCGACGGCGAAGCCUACAUCAACAUCCGUAAGGGGAAAAUCAUUCCCGGCUACGAGGUGAAUCUCACAGUUUCAUGGGAAGGUGAAGCGAAAGACUCCGAAGGUAAUUCGUUGCUUAAAGUUAACGGUACUGUUGAAAUCCCUUACAUCUCCGAUGAGAACGCGGAUGAGGAUCCGGAUAUUAGGGUUACGGUUGAAGAUGAAGGACCGAUUGGGAAGAGGAUUAAGGAUGCGAUGUUUUCUAAAGGGAAGGGAUUGAUUUUGGAGAAGGUUAGGGUUUGGGUUCAGAGUAUGGCGAAAGGUGGUCCUGUUAAAGAGGAGUUGGAUACUAAGAAGCCCUUGCCGCAGCCGCUGAAGCAAAAUCAUGCUCCGGUGGCGACUGCGACGGUUGCGAAGAGUGAUUCUGUUAAGAAGGAGGGUGUGGUGGAGAAGAAGAAGGAGGGUAAGAAAGGACGGAAGAAUAUUGUGUUGACCGAGAAGUUUAGUUGCAGGGCGAAGGAUUUGUAUGAGAUUUUGAUGGAUGAGAAUAGGUGGAAGGGUUUUACACAGAGCAAUGCUAAGAUUAGUAAAGAGGUUGGUGGUGAGUUCAGUAUUUUUGAUGGGUCUGUUACUGGAAGUAAUUUGGAGUUGCAAGAAGCUAAGUUGAUUGUGCAGAGGUGGAGAUUUGGGAGCUGGACCGAUGGUGUUCAAUCGCAGGUGAAGCUUGUUUUUGAGGAACCUGAACCAGGGGUUACUGUUGUUAAGCUGACACAUACUGAUGUGCCUGAGGAAGAUAGGUAUGGGAAUGCCACUGUGGUGGAGAACACUGAAAGGGGAUGGCGGGAACAUAUUUUCCAAAGGAUACGUGCUGUUUUUGGUUUUGGAAUUUGA